CCAUGGCAGUGGUCCACGCAGAAAACCAAGCCAUCUACUCUACCUCCACUUGGACAAGCCAGCAUCCACGCUAAAAGAAAAACGAAGAGUUUGACUAAAGUCCAGUCAGCGACCUACUACCAGCCCACGGUGGUGACGACAUACCAGCCGAGGGAGCCAGAAGAUUCGCACCUGAAGGACAAGUUCAACUCUGGGAAGAUUCAGGCCAAAGUCCGGUUCAUGAGGUCGAUGGUCAGGAACCAGCGGACCUCGCUCCUGGAGAUGCGCCAGCACAAGUUCUUCCUCGGCAAGCUGUGCGACAAGCUGGUGAGAGCCAUCCAGGACACCGAGGACAGCACGGCCUUGCGCGUGCGGGCGAUGCUGCAGCAGCAGGACACCCUGACGAACAUCAUCGACAUCCUGGAGUACUCCAACAAGAAGAGGAUACAGCAAUUGCAGUCUGAGCUCCAGGAGUGGGAAGAUAAGGAGGAAAGCAAGAUAAACUGCCUGGAGCUGCAGGUGGAGCAGCUGAAUGCCAAAGUCAAGAAGACCCAAGAGGAGGUGAACUUCCUGAGCACGUACAUGCACCACGAGUACCCGGUCAGGUCUGUCCAGAUCGCCAACCUUGUGCGCCAGCUUCAGCAGGCCAAAGACGACCAGCAGGAUGAGCUGGAUAACCUUGCUGAGAUGCGCAGAAUGGCCCUGGAGUUGCUGUCCGCCAAGAUUUGGAAGAAGAAGGAAAAAAUCCUGAGGUCUCUGGCGAUGAGAACCCUGCAACCCCACGAGGAGGCCCUUCUGCAGAAGACCCAGGACAGCCAGUAUAGGCAGAGGUGCAGAGGGACGGUCACGGAGUUCAUUGACGAGCUGAAGGGGAGACUGCCCGAGCUGAAGGCCGAGGUGGAAGAGCUCCGGGCCCAGAGGCAGGAACCCCGAGAGGUCGUUUUCAAGGAUGUUCUGCUUCGGAGACCCAAAUGCACCCCAGACAUGGACGUGGUCCUCAACCUUCCAGAAGAAGAGCUCCUCUUCUAG